AUGUUUAAUUCAGCACUAUGCAUGAACAUGUUGGCAAUAGAACAGCAUUUGGCUACAGUAUGGGUGAAUACAUACGAACAGAAGUCUAUGAAAAUUGGGGUUAUAUUAAUGGUCAUUGCGGUAUGUGGUAUAUAAAUCUAUUUUUUAUGGUUUUAGAAGAUUAUUCUUGUGAAUGGUUAUAUCUAAAAUAUUUUUUAAAAUGACGUGUUUAGAUACUUCAAAGUGUACCAUUUGGUAUUUUUGUAAAUUGGUACUAUAUUAACAAAGAUUUUGAUCUAAACAGCGCAAAUGCAACUUGUAUUCCUAUUGAUACACAUUGGGAACUAGCUCUUCUUGGCUUUACCAUGUGUUUUCUUACUUGUGGCCUUUGUUCUUUAGUAAGUAAAUGCUGGCUUUAAAAGGUGUAUACCUUUACUAACUAAGUAUAAAAAUUUAAUACAGUACUCUCUCUAUAUAACCAACCCGAAAGGAUGUUUACUAUAAGGAGAGUUGCUUAUACAGAAAGUUCACUAUAUAGAGAGGCCACUGUACUAAAUUAAUAAAUAUUUCAGUGGUUGGUACUACUACAUCGCUACAAUCAUAAAAGAACGUUGAAUCGAUUAAAACUUGAAAGUUUAAGUGCGCGGUACCAACAAACUGAAAAUGAAAACACCAACAGGUCUAUAACACCAUCAUUAGUGGGAUAUAUGAUGUUGGGUUUGACUGGAUUAGUAUUAUCAGCAUGGCGAGGCAAAUAUGCUAUUGACUACGGUGUUAACAAUGAGUAUGACAAGAUCAUUACUGAUGUAAGAAAGUUUUUACAGUUUAUUAAUAUUAUAAGUACAUUUUAACAACAUUGGCGGAAAACUUUUGCAUGCACUUAAUGUAAUCGAGUACUAUAGGGCAGAGCGAGAAAAUUAACUUUAAUUUAACUAAUUUUUAAGUUAGGGUACACGUCGGUGGAUAUGUAUGCAAUAUAUCACAUGUUUUGCUUCAUGUACUACAAUGACGCAAUGCGGUUGGCAAUACGUCGGGACAUCCAUCGUAUCGUGGGUGAUUUUCCAGGAAGUUUAAAAAUCCACAAUGCUCAUCAAAUUGAAUUCAACAAAGACGCUGAUAUACAUACGAAUGUGUAUUUUGAACAAUUACAAGAUUCGUGGAAGUAG